CCAGACUCCAUGCUCAGAGCAACCCUAGCUUAGAGAAGCAAACCGCGGCCAGUGAGAGCUGGUUUGGGCUCUCGCCUUUGUCUGGCAAAUGGUCACCGCCGCCUAGACGUUCCGAACAUCAAACACCACAAACACGGCUCAAAAAACAUCACUUAGGUCCACUGCAGGUGCUCCGACGGGAGCACCGCAGAUCUCUGCGCCCCCAAGACAAUCUGACGGCACCCUCCCAGCCCCCACAAUGAACCUCGAGCCCCCCAAGCCAGAGAUCAAGUCCGCCACCCGGGUGAGUGGCGGCCCAGCUACACCACGCAAGGGACCCCCCAAAUUCAAGCAGAGGCAGACUCGUCAGUUCAAAAGCAAGCCACCAAAGAAAGGAAUCCAGGGAUUCGGAGAUGAUAUUCCUGGAAUGGAAGGUUUGGGCACAGACAUCACUGUCAUCUGCCCCUGGGAGGCCUUCAGUCACCUGGAACUCCACGAACUGGCACAGUACGGCAUCAUCUGAGACCUCUUGGACGGCCCACAGCCCUUUGUGCAUUUCUCCUUUCGCACCCUUGAUCUUCGCCGCCCCCACCUCGUCCCUCCUGGGACCCGACAGGAACAGCUAUCAUACGGAACAAAAAAUGAACAAAAAAAUGGGAAAAUGGAAAAAAAUACUUGCAAAAAAAUUCUACUAUCCUAAGGACUUUCGUCCUCUUCUUGUUCUGUUUUUUUUUCUCUCCUUCUUGCCUACUUCUUGUCGCCAAAAUUCGUAUGCGUUUCUGCUCAUGGUUGUAGACACUCUCAUUAUCGUCUGCCUGCCGACAACGAUCCCACACUCUCACUUGCUACUGCUCUCGUCUUCCUAGGGACUUUCAGCCAGCAUCUCUCUCCUGUCUGUCCUCUGUCACUCUAACCCGCGCUUUUGGUCUCUUCUCAUCUCCUGCCCUUUUCCUCUCUCCUUUUUCUUCUUGGGAACACAACGUGAAACUUACGCAAGCGAAGCAGCCUCUUGUGAGAAAACAAGCGAGAAAACCCAUGAAACGUUUCGCGGUCGUUUCAUGCGCUCUGUGUUUUCGACGACACCCUGAAAACCCACCCAAACUAGCAAAAGAAAAAGAUCUGAGCCCUGUAGAGGUGGGACAUUUCGCUGAUUGUCGCCUAGCGUAAUUUUCACUGAGACACCGCCGAUAUCCCCGCCGCGCUGGUUAACUUUUCCACAACCGGAGCAGGAUCCCAUCACGUCACACCGUACCGAACUCAUCCUCUUUCACCUCCUCUUCACCUUUCUGUUAAUUCCCUUUUCUGUUUCUGUUUCUAUCUUUUGUAUUUAUUUGUAACUCGUUUGUUUUAUUAUUCUUUAUUAAUUUUAUUUUCUAAAUAUGGACACACUCAGGGAUUAAGGCUUUUUGUUUCUUUUUUUUUUUCACUGAAGCUUUCGUUGCAAACCUAGCGCCAUUAUUUUGUACACACGCAAUGUUGUUUGAUGCGCCCCUCGUAGUUUUUUUCUCUCUCCUUUUUGCCGUCUUUAAUCAUUUAUCCUGUAAAAAAUGGGGGGCAGCACUGGUAUCAACAGAUAUGUGACACUUCCGCAAGUCUAAAAUAAAGUGUGAAGGCGAUACGUGAUGUAUGGAAGACUAGUACGUGAGGGACAUCAUUUUGUUAACGUCCUGGGCCAUCCUGGUGCGUAGCUGGGCACGUUUACACACGGACAAACAUACCGUACAGACCAUCGCUCACAGGUACAAGUCCACACUCCAGCCGGGUAAUAUUGACAACGGCUGAGAUCCUCUGCCUGUGUAGCAGUGGGUUAUUUCUUAACAUUUUCUGAAGCUGCUAAUAACAGUUACUGUAUUAUAGCUAUAGGUUUUGUGUUUUUUUUAUUCUCAGUUCCGUUUUUUAAUUGAUUUUGAACGGCACUGAGUUCUAGGUACAGUUUUGUGCUGUCUUGUAAUGUGUUUUCUCUUCUCACCCUCACCUUCCCCUUAGUGGCCAUUCGAUUCUGUUUUCAUUUCCCUUCAUUUCAUUCUUUUGGCAUGCUCCCUUUCUUUUAUGGUGUUCCAUCUUCGUGUCCCAUUGCGCAUUUCUUCUGUAUGUUAUCAUCUUCUGUAAUCAUCUCAGCUGUCUUCCUGUCAUCCGUGUGUUUCAGUUUUCAGGUACUGUAGCUUCACGACGUCAUUGUCAUUGCAUGUUUAUACCCGUGUCAUCACAUUGAUUAUUAAUGUGUAGCUUCUGGCAUGCUUCCCUCUAAAUUGCACCUAUCCCUGUUUUGCAUUGUUUUCACUUUGACCUUUCAUUUCAUUUCUAUUUGCCUGACAUCAUUGUGUUGAAUGCCCAGGUGCACCUCAGUCCCUAUACCUCUGCCUGAUCAUUAUUUUUAUAUGUCCCAUGUACGUGUAUUAUGUUGUAGUGUGCGUCUUUGUCAAAAUCUUUCUCUCGUCCCUUCUAUUGCAUCUCAGGUAUUUACCUUUGCAUGUCACUUUCUUUAAUUUUUUGUUUCACUAUAUUAUUUUCACUGUUAAUAAAUUCAAUUUUCUCUACCAUGCAUCAUCCCUUUACAUAUUUAUAUAUUACAUAUUAUAUAUUGAAGCAUGCACUGCAAGGCCAUUUUACGUAUGGCUGAACUCAAGCUAAAUUAGCAAUUUGGGGCUUGAAUAUAACAGAGCUAUGCAACAUUAUGGCACCAGUUUGCACUGUCUUCAUAUACGCUUUAUUUUUCUUAUACUGUUUGAACUUUAUUCUCCAUUUGAUUCUAUUUUUAUGGCUCUCCUUUUUUCCAUCUAACUUUACCUUUUCAUUUUCAGUUCUUUCUUUUUCUCUUUUCUUAUUCUAAUGUGUGGGUUCAAGCCGCUGAGUACCAACCUGAGAUCAGUUUGUAUACUGAUACCAGUGCUAACAAUCUGCAGUAGUUGGUGUGGCUGAAUGGGGAAUUGGUCAUUUCUUGUCACUGAGAAAAGAGACUACACCUUCUGCUGCAGUGCAUUGUGGGUGAUAUCAGGAGUGAUCCUUCAAUAUGAACCACUGUUAUUCAGCAAAGGCAGUGCUCCCAUGUCAUCAGAAACCAAAGUGAAUGAAUGUCCUCUCUACAGGAUCAAAUCAAAAUAAAGCUUGAAAAAAACAGGAAAAAUAAACUUUCUGCAUCUUG